AUGGACGGACUGAAGCCCAUCACCCCCUCCACCACUGCGGCCAGCGUUGCCACGAGCACUGCGUCGAGCACCGCGCCCAGUGAAUUGACCACUCCUGCCGGCCUCAGCCCUGCGCCCUCGGGUGCCGACACCCCGGACUAUGUGAACCCCCUAGAGUCCAGCUCGCGAUGGUACCUGACUGCCAAGGCAUCUGCCGUCCGCUACGCCGCGAACCUGGGCUUCAGCAUAUCCAACCGAUCCGACCCCCCGGCCCCGACGCAUUCACGGGACAUCUGGCUCGACUCCACGCUGUCUGAGUGGAAGGGGCCGCAAAAGAUUAAGGUUGAGGUCUGGGUGCCGCCUCGAAUUUCAGUCGGCCCUCGCGCCGCCGUCAUCAACUUCCACGGCGGUGGUUGGAUCCUCGGUCAGGGCACCGACGAUGCCCGUUGGGCCGGCGCUGUGAUGGGCGCUCUGGACGCCGUCGUAUUCACUGUCAAUUAUCGCCUCGCCCCGAGCUACCCCUUCCCCACACCCGUCGAGGAUUGCGUCGAUGCCAUCUUCCAGAUUGUGGCUCGUGCUACCGAGUUCGGCAUCGAUGCAGACCGCAUCAUACUGGCGGGCUUUUCCGCCGGAGCCACCAUUGCCCUGAGCAGCUGGAUCGUUCUGCAGGAGCCUCAUCGGUGGGAUUACAAGCUGCCGGCUGCAUCGCCUGACAUUGCUGGCCUCGUCGUGUUUUACCCUACUUUGGACAUUACCAUCACGCGCCCGGAGAAGCGGCAGACGUGUACGAAGCCGGAGCUCACCCUGUCGCCUGGCCUGACGGACCUGAUUGACGCCUCGUACGUAUACCCGCCUGUGCCCCGGGAGCAACGCACCGACCCGAGGCUGUCGCCUGGCCUGAUGCCGGACGAAUUGCUCAAGAAGAUGCCGCCAAUUCACCUCUGCCUGUGCGAGUACGACAUGCUGCUCGCCGAGGGCAUUCGCUUCGCCAAGAGGCUACAGAGCCACGACAUGCCCUUCUCAGUCCGCGUAGUGGAAGGCGAGGCUCAUGGCUGGGACAAACCACCCCCAAUGACCCCCAAGGAGAGCGUCAACGUUGAAUACGGCGAGGCGACGCAGGCCAUGGCCCGCUGGCUCUGCCAAGAUUGCGAGACGGACAGGGAGUCGUUGAACUCUAUGAGGACCAAGAGGCCCCGCAUACGGCGACCAAGAUAUCUGUCUUUCAGAUCGAGAAGCGCGAGGUAG